AUGGCCAACAGAAUGGACACCGACUCUCCACGGCCUAGAGGCGGAGCAGGUGGUAGGCCAGGCUAUGAUAGCUACAGGCCCAUCAAUCCAGCACCCGCUCCAACGAAAGAUCCUCGCCAGAGGCCGAUGUCAAGACCGAAUUCAAGACCGAAUUCGCGACCACCACCUUCCGCCUCGCUUCCCUACAAAGCACCGGUGAUUCCCACUUUGGCUGAUCCAUCAGAUGCUUCUCCGAUCUCUACAAAUUCCGCUCUAUCCACACCAGUCACAAAGAAUGCCCCGGCCCCUGCUCCUGCCCCAAAUCGGCCCACGCAGGACAAUCCUCCGCCAAGUCCCCGGGUAGCUGUGUCGCUCUUGGAUGUGAUCAACUCUGUGAUCAAAGCUGAGAAAUGUCAACAAGAGAUAGACAGACUUGAGAAGGAGAUACCGACACUCGAACGUAAUGUUCAAAAAGCCAAACAGUCCCAAGCCUUCUCUGGUGCCAUCACAUUGUACCAGCAACAGCUGGACACGGCAAACUAUGAGUUGUCAAAGCAGACCACUAUGUUCGACCAACACCGGCUAGUGUCAAGCAAAGCCGAGGAAAUUUUACUCAGUCAGUGGUUUCAGCCUGAGAUCAAAAGGACCUCAGAAAAAAUGGAGAAGAUGGAGUCACAAAUACAGGAAAUAAAAACUCAAGCGAUGCGAUCUCCCUCUACAUCAAGUAUUUCGGACGAUAAAAUGAAGGCGAUCAACUACAACUUUUCAAAGCUUCGAGAAACCGAUACCUCGACAACCAAUAACGUCACCAACAUCGAAGGGAGAUUAAAAACAGUCGAAGCCGCACUCCCAACAAUUCAAAGAAAGCCCGAGGCCCCCGCUGGAACGAUGGAAAUUCGUUUGCAAAGGCUAGAAAAUUUGACACAGACGCACUCCAGCCGAUUAGGUCACAUCGACGUUUCCAACGCCAAACCCUACAAGGAUCUUUGCGCGGACGUUUCCGAGCUUCAAGACAACGUCUCCAGGUUCGAGGGCAAUGUCGCCAGGCUCCAGGGGAUUGUUUCUACAAUCGAAAGAAAUCAUUCCAAGCUCGACAGCGGCUUGAAAGUGGUCGACAAGAAACACCAAGACAAGCUCUCUGAUGUGAACAUCGAGUUCAAAAAAGCCAACAAUGAGCUAAGCGGGAGGGUGUUUCCCCUUGAGCGCGCAGUGACACUUCUCAAAUCCCAACCACGCUCCGCCAGCAGUGGCCCACUUUCUGGAUCAUCUGAAGCUUCCUCGUCCUUUAUGAAUCACAGAUUGACCUCCUUGGAGCAAGAAGUCCAGGCACAAGGAACCUCCAUCCAGCUGCAAGAAAAUAAAAUCCAAGGGAUCAUCACAAUCCACAGGAAUGCACAAGACGAGUAUUUCGCGGAGCUGGAGAACAUGAACAAGUCUAUCGAAUCGCUAGAAGAUGGACACGAGAAAACCAAAAAAGAUGCGCCAGCUGAGUAUUUUGCAGAGCUGGAGAAAGUGAAAAACUCCAUCGAAAUGUUAAAAGACGAUCACGAGAAGACCAAAGAAGAUGUGGUCAAGAUUGAUCGUCGAAGCGAGAGUCUGAUCCACAAACUGGGAACCAUUUAUUCCAGCAUUGAUUCAAUUCGCAACUCCCACACAAGCUUUGGCGACAGGAUUUCGCUGCUUCAAACCGAGUUGAAUGAUCAUCGCAGUUCUUGCCUAGGUUCAAUCGAAGCACUUGAGAAAAAGUUGGACAAUUAUCGCAGUGCUUCUGCAGGCUCUAUCGAGGGAAUCGAGAAGAAUCUGGACAAUUAUCGCGCUGCUUCCGCAGGGUCUAUCGAGGGAAUUGAGCAAAAGUUGGACAACACUCGCAGUCAAUUAAUGGCGUCCGUUGACAAAGUACGAGGUGAUAUGACUACAUACUGUAACAAUUGCUCGGCGACGGUUAACCGGUUCUGGAGUGACUUGGACACAGCUUCGAAGCGCAUGGACUCAAUGGCACCAGCUCUCGAGGAGGCGAAAAAGUGCAACGAGCUUCUGACAACUCAUAGCGUUUCCCUUCGAUCGCUCGAGAUGCGUUGGUCAAACAUCACUACCGGUGACUUGGUCAAGUCCAUGUCGGAUGCUAUGCUUGAAAUGGGUCCCUUGGUCAACCUCAAUCAAAGAAUUCAAUUGCAUGUGACCGAGACCAAAAAGAGAUUUGCCGCUCUCACGGCAGAUCUUGCUCAAGCGCAGCAGGCAUCACAGUUGUCUCCUGCAGAAAGAACUGCACUAGGAGCAUACCCAUGGAUGAUGGACAGGGUGAAAGCCCUUCUUCAACGGGACGAUCCAAUGCAUUCAACUAUCGCUACCCUUUCCAAACUUCAAAGUGAUUUAGCCGCUUUACGACAGCAAUCGCAGUUAUCGUCUGAAGACAAAAAUGCAUUGGCAGAGUUUCCAAAGCUGUCGGGGAUUUUGAACGGUCUCUCCGAACGUGUCGAGCUCAUGCAGAGCACUUUCAAUCAACACACUCCUAGCUUACAAAAGCUCCUGCAGGAAAUGAGUCAUUUGUCCAACAAAGUAACAGCCAACGAGGAGAUGAUUUAUAGUGUUGAUGCCAAAUUCGAUGACCUGGACCACCCAGAGCUCUCUGCGGAACUCGUUGAUUCCGUGAAAAAGAUUGACCCAUUGAUCGCUACGGUUGAUGAACACAUCUUGCAGUUGGAACAAUUAAAAAACGAUGUUGCCGAGUUUCACAGGGCAGAGGCUGCGCGGUCAAGUGCGGGUUUACAGGAUCUAACAGAUGUCCACACACGAUUAGCAGACCUGGAAGCCAAUAUUCCAGAGCUCGGAGACAUCCCAGGUCUGCUCGUAGAAGCGGAAAGCUCCAAGUUACGGGAUGAUAUGCUUGAACACCGCUUGGCGGAGCUGGGAUCUAAGGCUGAGGGAAUAGGACACCAGCUUGCAGAGCUCGCAGCCACUAAGAUUCUUACUGAGGAAAUGAGGGACCAACUAGAUUUCCUAGCUUCUAAAAUUGCAGCGCUUGAGAACCAAUGCCAUACCAUCGAAGACGAAGGUAUCAAGUUGACAGAUGACCAAUUCAAGCGCUUGCGGGAACGGCUGACCGGAGAGCCGAUUCAAACCAUGCUGCAUCGUCUUCGAAAAGCUGAAGAUGUCAUCAGAGACGUUCUCGUCAAUACUGGCGGUAAUGCUGGCCCCCAGCCAGAGGUGCGCGUUCUCGGAGGGGCGUCAAGGACCAACACCUCCAGCCAAGCCCAAGUCACCAAAAGCUCGGUCCCAACGUUAGGGGUUCAUAUACCAGUCAGUUCACCUUCUGUUCGCAAGGACGGAACGCGUUCUAGUCAACUGCCUGGAACUCCUGCCCAAUCGACUCCAAAGCCCGGCUUAUCAUCUGGGGCGUCAAGCAGCUCAAAGAGUCAGGCCUCGUCAUAUAAAAAGCCCGCAAACCAGCAAGUUCAAUCAUUGAAAGCGGACAAACGACGUCAUUCUAUUGGAACGCCCUUAGUCGAUGAAAUAACCACGCCAGCCCCUUCCUCUGCUGGUGCUUCACCGGCACCUAGUAGUUCUUCGACCCUUAGCAAGAAGGAGAGGAAAGAGACGAGGGCCAAGAGGAAGGCGGAAAGAGAGGCGGAUAGAGAAAGCAAAGAAAGCUCAGAGACAAAGCCAAACAAGAAAAAGAUCAAGUCUGAGGACCAGUCCUAA